GUGAUGGUGAUGCCCCUCGCUCCCCACUAAAAAGCUGCCCUUCAAAAUAUUUGCCCUCUCCAUUGACUGCAACAGUUUCUUUUCUUCUUGCCAACAUCUUCAUAAAUCGAACUCAUAACAGCCUUCCAACAAUUCAAAACCAUCUCAAGAUGUCUACCGAACAAACUUUCAUUGCCGUCAAGCCAGAUGGCGUCCAACGAGGACUUGUUGGAGACAUUAUCUGCCGUUUCGAGAAGCGAGGCUACAAGCUGGUUGCCCUGAAGAUGGUCUCCCCAUCCAAGGAGCACCUUGAGAAGCACUACGAGGAUCUCUCAUCGAAGCCGUUCUUCAAGGGCCUCGUCACCUACAUGCUGAGCGGACCAAUCGUUGCCAUGGUUUGGGAAGGACGUGACGCUUGCAAGACCGGCCGCUCCAUUCUCGGUGCCACCAACCCUCUCCAAUCCGCCCCAGGCACUAUCCGCGGUGAUUACGCCAUUGAUGUUGGCCGUAACGUCUGCCACGGCUCUGACGGUGUUGAGAGCGCAAAGAAGGAGAUUGCUUUGUGGUUUAAGCCAGAAGAGGUCCAGAGCUGGAAGUCCGCCCAAUUCGACUGGAUCUACGAGAAGGCAUAAGCCGUCUGCGAUAGCCAUGGUGGCAUGACGUGACCCCCGUGACGAAGAAUGUCGUUUGGAUCUGUCCGGAACACCAGCUAUCACCAAUACAGGAGAUGAUAGAGUACAAAAUGAUUGAAAAAUGAUGAUGACCUGAACCAUUUG